AUGGGAAAGCUAAGCUUGAGCUGUUGGAGUAGCUUUGUUGAGAAUUCAAAGCCUUACUUUGCCAUGAUGUCCUUACAAUUUGGAUAUGCUGGCAUGAACAUCAUCUCCAAAGUCUCUCUUAGUAGAGGGAUGAGCCAUUACGUUCUCGUCGUAUAUCGACACGCUUUCGCUACCGCUUCUAUUGCUCCCUUCGCUUUCUUCUUCGAACGGAGAGGACAACCGAAGAUAACUCUCAAAGUUUUCACUCAAAUCUUCGUGUUGGCUUUGCUUGGCCCCGUUAUCGAUCAAAACUUCUAUUAUGCUGGAUUGAAAUACACUUCACCAACUUUCUCGUGUGCCAUGAGCAACAUGCUGCCUGCAAUGACAUUCGUGAUGGCUGUGAUCUUCAGGAUGGAAAAAUUAGAGAUGAAGAAGCUGAGAUGCCAAGCCAAGUUCUUGGGAACUUUAGUGACAGUGAUAGGAGCUAUGCUGAUGACAUUAUACAAAGGCCCACUGAUUCAAAUGGCUUGGUCUAAACACUCUCAUGUUCCCACAAGUUCUAAUGAUCAAGCUUCUGCCAAUAAAGAUUGGUUCAAAGGCUCAAUUUUCCUCAUUAUUGCCACUCUUGCUUGGUCUUCUCUUUUCGUCUUGCAGAAUCAAGCAUUGAAGACAUACAUGAACCACCAGCUAACCCUCACCACACUAGUAUGCUUUAUGGGGACUUUACAAGCCAUAGCUGUGACUGUAGUAGCCGAACACAAAGCUUCUGUUUGGAGAAUUGGUUGGGACAUGAACCUCCUUGCUGCCGCCUACGCCGGAAUUGUGACGUCAAGUAUUUCAUAUUAUGUACAAGGGUUGGUGAUGAAGAAGAGAGGACCUGUUUUUGCAACAGCAUUUAGCCCUUUGAUGAUGAUCAUUGUAGCCAUCAUGGGCUCUUUCAUCCUAUCUGAAAAAAUUUACCUUGGAGGAAUAAUAGGAUCCAUCUUGAUAGUAUUUGGAUUAUAUUCAGUCCUAUGGGGGAAGCAUAAGGAGAAUUUGGAGACCAAAAGUGCUGUUGAUGAUGCUCAUAAAUUACCACAAGCAAUUAAGCUUUCUUCUCAACCAAAUAAUAAUAAUCUAAAUCUCGAACCUAAUAAGCUCUCGAAUUCACUUAUUAUUUCCAUGCCCGACCCUGAAAGCCCCAUCAAGCCGAACCAAAACCCAUGA